UCGUCAUGGCAUUGGGCACUGGGCACUGGCAGCAGCCAGCCAUGCCAGCCAGCCUGAGACGUAUGACGAAUCAGUUGACGAACGAUCAUCGUAGUGCCAGUUAGUGCCGAUCUGAGUCGUGAUGGAAAAGACUGAAAGAUUUCGCUUGUUCUUCGUUCUGUGUUUACUUUCCGGAACAGCAGACGCCAUCAAUGUAAAGGAAUGGUUGGGCACGGAGCCGGUGACGAUCGAGAGGAUUGUGAACGAACUGAUAGAGUAUUUCUCUCAUCCAGAUCCCCAUGGCGUCCCAGUCCUCACGAUUCCGGAGCCAAUCUACGAGGAGAACAGGGUGGCAGCCGGUCCCCUCACCCUGUGGGACUUGAAGAUCUCCGGACAUUCAGAGAUCAGGUUGGAUUACGUCAACGUUAACUUGACGUCUUUUACGGCCGUGGCCCGCUUGAGCGCCCCAAUCGGAAACGUUUUCGGCGAAUACGAGUGGCCCGGUUGGUGGUCAACCAGCCAGGGUCAGGCCAACAUCACCAUGACCAACAUCCAGCUGACGGGUAACCUCAUUCUGGGCGUAGACGACAACGGCAUACUGACGGCAGAUUCCCUCAAAUUCUCUCUGUAUUACCUGGACCUGAUCCCACACUUCACGGGCCUGAGCACUGAGCAUUCCUACAUGGUCAGCGCCGUCGACCUGUUUUUCAACUCCAUUAUUGAACCACUUCUUGUUGGAAGCUUGGAGGGCAAACUUAAGAAACUACUCAAUACCAAGCUGCAGGCUGCAUUCAAGGAGAAACCCUUCCCGGAUUCCAUAUCACCUGUUGAUUACUUCAUUGCUAAGACUCGCAGGACCCUUAGACAGAAGUUCGAUCCGCUCGUCAUCGAGAGGAAAGAAGUCAGCAUGGCGUGGGAAAUGACUCUCGUGCUCAAAGACGUCAGUCUCUCAGGUUUAUCUACGAUUCACAGAACUCACGAGGUCUCCGCCGAAUUCAUAGACAACGCUAUUUUCGCUACUGUGCAGAUGGGCGCCCAGAAGCUGAAGGGGGGAGCCGAUUGGUCACUGUCAGCAGCCCUCAUGCCAGCGAUCAGUGGUCACAUCGACAUCGAGGUCGAGACGUUAGACAUUACUGUGGAGCUCAAGCAACCAGCUAAUAUACGAAGUCCUCCGGUCUUGAGGAAGAUCGACAUACAACUAGGCAACCUUGCCGUCAGGUCAGCUGGGGAGAGAACCAUGGACUAUGCUGUCGAAAUCCUCAUCAACAUCGUGCCAAACAUUUUCAGGAACGUCAUCAUGGACAAAAUCGAACCGAAGUUGCAUCAGGUCAUCCAAAGGCAGCUGAACGGCUUAGACCUUCAUCGGAUCGUCAUGGAUAAAUUAGCCGAAAGGAGGCGGAGACAGGAAUCGUCCGUGACGGAUCCGGAAUCGCCUGGAACGGAUCUGGAAUCGGCUGACGUUGAGUGAUCACCAAUCUUCGUAGUGAUCGGGACUUUCGUUUAUGAUUAAUAUAAUCAAAUGAGCCUUUUUAUUUUGUAAAAUAUUUCAGAAGAAAAUAUUUUUAUGUUCGUUUUCUUUCUAUCAGUUAAGCAUCAGUCAGAUUUUUUUUUUGUUUUAUAGGCGAUGGCUGGUUCCUUUUCUUGUGUAUUUAGUGUUAACGCCAUUCAUGGAAAUUUGAAAUAAGUCUGAUGAGAGAGAGAGAGAGAGAGAGAGAGAGAGAGAGAGAGAGAGAGAGAGAGAGAGAGCUGAUGCUGAGUUUGCCAUUAGGGUAAUCGUAUAGCUGUCAAAAUUUUCGAAAAGGAAUGUUGAUAAACCUUUAUCAUAUUUGCUUGAAGGAAAAAAUUUAUUAGAGAGAGAGAGAGAGAGAGAGAGAGAGAGAGAGAGAGAGAGAGAGAGACGUACAUUUUCUAUUUGAAAGAGUUUUCCUGGGCCAAUCAUUGGAUUUAAUGCAUUUUUGUCCAAUAUAUAGAUGUUAUAGAUUUUAUCUAUAUUUACUACAGAAAACUAUUUAAAAUUGUCCAGAUCUACAACAUCAAAAUUAUUUUUAUGAUCAUUCGCGAAUAUAACUAUAACUCAAUUAUUUCUUCGUAUUUAGAUUACGAUUUUCGUUCUGUGGGCGAAUAUUCGUUAUUCAGGUUACACCUGGAGAAGAUUCCUCAAUACUAUAUGUAUUUAGUCAUCCACUAUUUUUUUUUUUUUUUUUUUACAUGUAUGGAAUAUUUAAACUUUUGCAUUUUUUUUAUUAAACAUAUUUACUCAGUGA